AUGGAACAAGUCUCGAUCGGUGGCAGCAGAUACUUACUGCUUGUGGUUGACGAAGCCAGCGGUUGCGUGAAGGGCUUCUGUCUGCGGUCCAAGUCUGAGAGUGAAGACUGUAUCAUGAACCACAUUAUCAAGAUUCAAACUCAGUUGGAAAAUCAAGUCACGGUGCCGUAUGCACACCAGACCAACGGCACCGCAGAACGCGCGAUACGGACCAUCGUCACGAUCGGACGCAUCUUGUUGCAUCAUGCAAAGCUGGAGAAGUGUUUCUGGGCUGAAGCGGCAAUGAAGGCGAUCUACAUCAAGAACCGCCUGCCUUCACCCAAGAUCGACCACAAGACUCCGUUCGAGAUCGUGUACAAGUCGAAACCAAGUGUCAAGCACAUGCGCGUGUUUGGAUGUCGGGCGUUUAUCCUGACACCAAGGGAGAAGCGAUUGAAGUGGGACCCGAAGGCUCGUGAAGGGAUAUUCAUGGGCUACGAAGAAGCGUCAAAAGCUUAUCGAGUGUACGACAUUGAGGCGGGCCAAGUGGUGAUCAGUCGUGACAUCACCUUCGACGAAUCGACUUUUGACUUUUCGAUGGACCGACCAAGUGACGAUGAUGAAGAUGCGCAGUUGGACCUCGACCUCCUGGCGAUCAACGAGGACGACGUGCGUCAAACCGUCUACAAGCAGACUGGCAAGCGCAAGAGUGAAGCAAGACCCGGCAUGUCACGUUCAGAUCGCCCUCGAACUGGGUUGGAACAAGCAAGUGCGCCGGAACACGUCUCCAACCGUCACCAGAAACGACGAUCAAGUGCUCCAGAAACGAUGUCUGAUGACGAAGAAGAUGCAAGCGUCUACGAUCAAGAUGACGACUCGACGCCUCCAACAUUUUGGCGUGCAAGUGCAAACGCAAUGGAAGCAACGGACCUAGCAGAACCUGUGACUUUUCAAGACGCGAUCAAUGGUCCUGAUCAAGCUCACUGGCGAAAUGCUGUGAAGGCGGAACUCAAGUCGAUGCAUCUUCUCGGAGUUUUCCGUGCGGCAAAACUGCCAAGAGGCCAAGGCGCGAUCGGCACCAAGUGGGUGUUCAAGAUCAAGCGCAAAGCGGAUGGAUCGGUCGAGAAAUACAAGGCGCGUCUCGUUGCCAAGGGCUUCAAGCAGAAGUACGGCAUCGACUACACAGAGACGUUUUCGCCCGUGGUCAAGUACGUGACACUGCGUAUGGUGAUCGCGAUCACCAAGUAUUUCGACUGGUCACUGGACCAGCUCGAUGUGGUGACAGCCUUUCUCUACGGAGUGAUGAAGGAGAAGGUGUACUGCGUGAUACCAGAAGGCGUCGAGAUGGAUGGCGACUUCGACUGUCUCGAGUUGGUGAAGGCGAUCUACGGUCUCAAGCAAGCUUCACGUGUGUGGAACGAGACUUUCGACGAGUUCGUAUGCUUUAUCGGUUUCGAAGUGUCGGCGUUCGACCCAUGUCUCUACAUCAAGGUUGUCGACGGUCACUGUGUGCUCGUGCUGGUCUACGUGGAUGACGUGUUGGUCACCGGCAGCUCGCUCGAGUUGAUUGCGCAGACAAAGGCCGACCUCAAGACACGUUUCGAGAUGACCGACAGUGGCAAGUGUACUUUGUACUGGGCAUCGAACUGGUGGACGAAUCGGAUGGCAGCGUGA